AGUCAACGCCGUACAAAUUUCAGAAUAUGCUUUGCUUGAAUUCAUGUAUUAAUACUUAUUUAAUUUUACUAAAUUAAUGAAAAUAAUUUCUAAAAAAAUUGUUUUUUAGAUAAAAUGGGAGGCCUUUGUGCUACUUCCGAGGAGGUCUGUGUACAAGUUACCGCUCCGCUGACCAAAUACUUUGAUCAAAACAAAUCCAAUAUGUCCUCCGUCCUAUUUUGUGUUCCGAUAUUUCUUGGAGAUCUCUGAAACCACGGGAAAAUAUACGGUUUGUUUUUCGAGACUCAAGGAAAUAGAAUAGUGUUUCCAGGAUGGGGAUAUUUUUUAGCAGAAAAAAAGAGCCAGAAAAGCCGAAAAUAACAGAACAAGACAAAGCAGUUCUGGCUCUGAAACAGCAAAGGGACAAGCUGAAAAAAUACCAGAAAAAGAUCAAUGUGAACCUUGAAAAAGAAAGACAGUUGGCCAAAGAACUAUUACAACAAGGGAAAAGAAACAAAGCCAAGUUACUGUUGAAGAAAAAGAGGUAUCAGGAACAACUCCUGCAGAGAACGGACAACCAACUGGACAACUUGGAGAAACUGGUACAAGAAAUAGAAUUUGCACAGGUGCAAAUCAAGGUUGUAGAAGGCUUGAAGACAGGGAAUGAAUGCUUGAAUCAAUUACACGAGAUGAUGUCCAUCGAGGACGUAGAGAGGAUUAUGGAUGAAACCAAAGAAGCAGUCGAAUACCAAAAGGAAAUUGAUGAUCUGCUGAGUGGAAGCCUCACAAGUGAAGAUGAGGAUGCCGUUCUCCAAGAACUAGAGGCACUGACAGAGUCUAUUUCUGAGAAAUUUCCUGAUGUACCAAAAGAAGAACCAGAAAUCUCUCUUCCGGAGGCUCCAUCUACAGAACCUGGAGUUGCAAGAAAAGCUCAGAAAGAGAAACAUCAAGCAGAAAUGGUAGCAGCUUCCUAGUGGGUGCUAAAAUAUGAAUUUGGCCACAGCUUGCAAAUAAUCUUUGAUGAUGCUCUAUCUACAUGACGUGUGAAUAACACCACCAAAAGAUCCUAUUCAUAGCUUUUAAAAAAAAAUAGUUUUCAGGGCAAAUGCAAUAGCAAGUGUAUGACCGCAAGGUUAAUUGGGUAUUAGUGAUGCAAGCAGCUAUAAGUGCAUUUUCGAAGACCCAGCGUACCAAGCGGGCUCUGUCAAAGGUCCACAGAAAGACUCGGGUGUUAGGUACACACGCAAUCAUCCGGGAACAUCACACAUUUAGGCGGGAAAAUAAGUUACACGCGCACGGCGUUGUGUGACUUUGCGGCCGAAGAACGAAAGCGCCGGAUCCUCGAGCAUGUAUUGAUUUGUUCAUAACACAUACUUCCUUUCGGUCGUAAGACUGACAUUCAAUCAGGAGGAAUAAGUGCAUGUCCAUAUCAAAGGCACGUUCCAGUUUGGAACUUGAAAACACGACGAGAAAUGGGGGAUGUUCGCUUGGAAAUAGAGAUGCAUUAAUGUGGAUAUGAUUAAAUAAGUUUAUUCUUAGUAAUAUGAAUAUCAAUAAAUCGUACAGUGUUUAUUACAUUCUAUAUAUUUACAUAACUACAACUUUUUAUUAUUUAUAAAAACGGUAAUUCUCUAUCUUUUUUAUUUUUCUUGUUCUAGUGCAAAGAUUCUCAUGUAUGUUACUUAAAUUUAUUGCAUCAAAUAAAUAGGUAAAUAUAAAAUACACGCAAACACACUUCAAUUGACUUGAGGGCUAUACGUGCUACCGUGGCCAACUUGAUAAUUUUGUUAAGCCAAUAAGAAUGCGUGCUGCUGUUUGAUUGACAGUGCUAGAGCAAACUGAACGGAAUCCUACGUUACAGGUUACAGGGUCAAUCUUGAUCUAUUUAAAAUCAUUUGCGUUCUAACGUUGCGUUCUAACAAAUAGGUUUGCUACAUCUUUAAUAAAAAGAGAAUGACGAGACCACCCA